AUGUCCGUGCGCGGCCGCCGGCUCCCGGCGCGGGCCGGCGCGGGUCUCCCCUGGCUGCUGUGCUGCAUCGCCCUGCUGUCCCCAGCCGCGGGGUACGUGAUCGUGAGCUCGGUGUCCUGGGCCGUCACCAACGAAGUGGACGAGGAGCUGGACAGCGCCUCCACCGAGGAAGCGCUGCCCGCGCUGCUGGAGGACUCGGGCAGCAUCUGGCAGCAGAGCUUCCCGGCCUCGGCGCACAAGGAGGACGCGCACCUGCGGCCCCGAGCCAGCCCCGGCCGCGCCCGGCCGCCUCCGGGGCCGCCCCGCAUGUUCUCCUACCGGCGCGAGGGCGCCAGGGCGGUCAGCACCCCGCCCAGCCCGAGCCUGCGCCCCGGGACCGCCCGCUUCCUGGCCCACUCCAACGCCUGGGGCUGUCUGGCCACAGUGUCCACCCAGGAGAGGAUCCAGGGGCUCCCUUUUGGAAACUGCCUGCCCAUCAGCGAUGGUCCCAUCAACAACAGCACUGGGAUUCCUUUCUUCUACUUGACAGCCAAGGACCCCACUGUCAGCGAUCUGUUGAAGAACCCCAUGGCCUCACUGACGCUGCCCGAGUCGGAGGCAGAGUUCUGCAGAAGAAACAUCGUUGACCCAGAAGAUCCUCGAUGUGUGCGGUUAACACUCACCGGCCAGAUGGUUGCUGUCUCUCCAGAAGAAGCAGAAUUUGCCAGACAAGCCAUGUUUUCAAGGCACCCAGUUAUGAGGAAGUGGCCCCGCCAAUAUGAAUGGUUCUUCAUGAAGAUGAGGAUACAGAACAUCUGGCUUCAGAAAUGGUAUGGAGGAGUGUCUGAGAUUUCAAGGGAGGAAUAUUUCAAAGAGGUUCCAACAAAGGCUUAA